GAAGAAGAAGAGGAAAAGUUUGCAGUUGAGGGAGAGGCCAAUGAAGAUGAGAUGGCAAUGAGUGAUAAAAUUGUCCAUGAUGUUUUUGAAUUCUGUAAAUCAACUGAAAACAAUGUUGAUGAGAAAGUUGAGUCCGAUGGUGACGUCUUGAGAGAACUGACAGAUGUGGAUGAAGUCGCUGCUGCACGGAGGAGAGAGUCCCACGGUAUUGUUAAGAAGUGGUGGAGUUCCUUGAUGGAAUCCGGCGGCUGGUUGGAGACCACGCAUAUGGAAGAAAUCAUGAUCUACUUCAUGAAAAUGUAUAACAAGAAAGAUAGCACAUAUGCCGUCCUCCUAGAGAGCUUUCAAAUGUUAGGUGAGGUCAAUGCCACUACUGAACUAUUUCCAAUCCUGGACACCGGCCUCGCAGAAAUAGUUCUUGGUAGAUGGGACUCAUGCUCUAAACCAUGGAAGGAUAUUUCAUGUGUUUAUUGGGUUCAUAACAUAAAGGAUCAUUGGGUCACCAUAAGAGCUGAAUUCGAUAGAAAGUGUCUGGUGGUGUUUGACUCCCUACAACGAAUUACAAGCAUGAGUAAACUUGAAGAAGAACUGCCAAAAAUGCUCACAAUUUUUCCUGUAAUGUGCCAAUACGCAUCAAAUUAUCUUCAAGGUAUUCCUGGCGACCACAGAGACAUGACCGCGAAAUGGAGUGUUGAACGUCCUUUGGUGCCGCAACAGACAAAUUCAGACUGUGAGGUGUUUGCUUUGAAGUUCAUUGAGCUUGGUGUUCAAAAUUUGCAACCUUCGGUGCUUAGCGGAUUCAGUGAACUUGACAUUGUCCAAUUGAGAACUUCAUACGCAUAUGCAAUAUGUAGAGAGAACUUUUAAUACUCGUAAAUAUAAAUCUUGUGCUAUUGUAUUUAAAUGUGUCUUUGUGUCAAAACUAACCCAUUA